GUGCGAGUGUGUGUGUGCGAAAACGCGAUAUAUAAAGGCGAUAGGAGUAGAGAAAAUUGGCUUGCAUUUUGUUGCGAGCCCACAGAUUCUCUUUAGUCAUUUUGCUAUGUGCAGUGAGAUUGGUGUGAUCGGAAAAGUAAGCACGUCUGACUAAAAGGAUAAAUCUGCCAACGGCUCAAGAGAUUCUGUCGGUGCUCCCUAUUUAUUGCGAAGCCCAAUACAGUGGACAAAAAUGGCUUUGAGUUUAACAUCUGUGCUAAAGCUGUACAAUACGGUGAUUGAUGAUGUGAUUAGCGGUGUAAGGGAUGCUUUUUUGGAUGAAGGAGUUGAUGAGCAGGUGCUGCAGGAGCUCAAACAAAUCUGGACAAAUAAAUUGCUAGCAAGUAGAGCAGUUGAAGUAGUUCCGGACAAUCCGGAUCCUCAACCACCGCCCAAUGUGGCCAAUUCCACAAAAUCCGGAUCAAAUUCGAAGUCAAAUCACAAAAAUGUUCAGUCAAAUGGGACAAAGUCCAAGGCUUCGAGGCCAUCUCAGCAGCAGCAGCAGCAGCAGCAACAACAGCAACAAUUAACUCAGAUCAAAGAGGAGAAUGGAAGUCCACCAGCGACGACUCUGAGUCAGACUUUCAGUAGUCAGAAUGGCAGUAAUGCCGGAGGACCUCAGAAGGCACCAGUAGCCCCCACAACAACAACAACAGCAGCAGCACCCCAGCCACAGCAGACGACGACAUCUGUGGUGGCUGGACUGGAUCCCAACAAACUAAUUCCCGUGCAGAUAACGCUGCCGGCUCAAGCGGGUGUUGCCAAUUCGGAGCCACGUGUGCUCACAAUUCACAUGCCGGCAUCGGCUCUGCAGGAGAAUCAGUUGCAUCAGAUGCUCAAUGGACCCAUCAUAUCCUCCAUCAUGAGCCUCCCUCCCCAGAUUGCGUCCUCAGUAUUGCAGCAGCAUGUCAAUUCCACGCUUCAGAAUCAGUCCAUGGGGUCAAUAUCGAUACAGAAACAGCUCGACGGAGCUGCGGAUACUUCGGAUGAGGAUGGGAGUGAUGUGAGUGAUGAUGACAACAUGGAUGGAGAUGAUGAUGAUCCAGACAAUGAUCCGGACGACGCCGAUGGUGAAGGAGGAGCUGAAGAGGAACCGCUGAAUAGCGAGGACGAUGUCACAGAUGAAGAUGCCUCCGAUCUCUUCGACACUGACAAUGUUGUCGUGUGUCAGUAUGAUAAGGUAAGCACGGGAAGUUUGAUAUGGGCUCUAGUAGGGAACACCUGUCCGGAAAUUAAGUUGGGCAAAAGUAAAUUAAAUUUGGUAUGUGUGUUUUUCUUUCUCUUUCUAUUUCGCAGAUUACGAGAUCGCGGAACAAGUGGAAGUUUUACCUGAAAGACGGUAUUAUGAAUAUUGGGGGGAAGGAUUAUGUUUUUCAGAAGUCCAAUGGGGAUGCUGAAUGGUAGAAUUUUUGAGUGGUAAAUUUAUCUUGCUCAUUUCCUUCUUUCCAAAUUUAACACAAUUUUUUUGGUUAUAGCUUUUUCCCUCAAGAAUCAAUUUAUUUCUUCGAAAUGAGCAAGAUUUGUUUUUUUUCCUUGAAAAGAAAUGUGAAUAGAUUUUUCCUUAAUGUAUUUUUAGAGAAAAUUUAAAAUAUAAGUGUUCUCUGUUUUUUUUUUUCUUUUAGUUUGUACAGCAGCAGAAAAUAUUUAGAGAAUAUUGUUUUCUAUGAAAGAGCGCAAAAUAAUUUGUUUAUUCUUUUUGGGAAUCACUGAUUUUUUUUUAGCAAUAACUAAUUAAUAUGAGUAACAACACAACGUCAAAAUAAUACAAUCAACCGUUUUUAUUAGUGGAUAAAUUUAUGAAAGAAGACAAAAUCAACUAAAAGAGAGUGUCUUCAGAAAUAUUCUCUACAAAGUUGACAUAAAAGUGCGAUUAAAUGAAAUAAUCACAACUUUAAGUAUAACAAUGUACAUUAAAAAAAACAAAGGCUAAGUAGAGGUCCUUAGGAUUUUUUGCUUUUGGAAGGGACCGAGAGGGAACAUUUUGGUCUUUAAGAAAAAUUACUUGUAUAAAAUACUGAUAUCGCCUGAGAUGAGAAAAGGAAAAUACUAAUAACUUAUCAAAAAGAAAAAUCCUCAUCUCCAAAAAAAAAUGCUAUGUAAAAAUUCUCAAAGGGAUUACUAGAAAAUUAAUGUCUACAUAAUGUUAGUAAUUUAUCAGGUGGUAAAAUAUAUAAUUACACGUAUUAACCAGAAUGCGAUGAAAAGACGUGCAGCUCAGUUUUUUUUUCUUUUUCAAGAUUUUGUGCGAAAGUUAUUUGUGAGAAGAUGAAUAUAAAAAAAACGGCCAAGAACGUUUAACACACAUUUUUGUAAAGAGAAAUAAUAUCUGUAGAAAUAUUUUAAAAAAUAUAUAUUGAAAUAUAUGCUGCGAUAUAUAGAAA